AUGAACGGGUCUGAUAACACUUGCGGAAUUGCCGGGGGGGUGGGGGGGGGGUGGGGGGGGGGGGGGGUGGGGGGGGGGGGGGGGGGGGUGGGGGGGGUGGGGGGGGUGGGGGAGGGGUGUGGGGGAGGUUGGUGGGGAGCAAUGUGUCAGGGGGGGGGUUGGGUUGGAGGGGGGGGUUGGGUGGGGGCACACGUUAGAGCAUUUUCUCCGAGGGCUGGGGUAUGGGGGGGGGGCAAUGGGGGGGGGGGGGGUUGUGUAGCAGACCCUGUCGGUGGCGCGGGGGCGCGUGGUGUAGCGGGCGGCCGGAGGGAGGGGGGUGGGGUGGGGGGGGUAGUUGGGGGGGGGGGGGGUAGGGGAGGGUAG